GAUUUAAUUUUUAAGUGAAUUUUUCGUAUACCUAUUUUUAAUGUUUACAGUCAGUAUGAUCUCAAAAUUAGCAUUAUUAACUAAAAGCGCCCUCCGGCCUGCAGGGAAUAUGCUAAAAGCCCUACCACCGUGUCGUGCGACUGUCAGGUCGGCAGGUGACUACAUUCCUCCCACACAGUACGAUGUUCCAAUCCCUCGGAGACUAUACCUCACUUAUGUGCUAACCGUCUAUUGGGAAACCGUUCCCUUAUUCUUGGUCACUUGCACCAGCCUGACGCUUAUGGUUAUUUCUAUAGCUUGGGCAGUUAAUAAUAAGGUGGACGUGGUCUACACAACCCACAACCGUGAAUGCAUAUCCCGAACAAUGGACCUGCGGAACCCAAGUAUCCACAAGAUGCUCCUCAUCAAUCAGCGCUACGAACCCUGGCCCGAGAUGCAGGACGUUCUUGAUAAAAUGACGUCAGCGGAAAAAAGAGCGGCAAAACGCGCUGAGAUGUGUAGCCACCCCUAAAAAUUAGAGGCUAUUUGCAAACUUUGCCUGUUAAAUGGGGUGUAAAUAAUAAAAAAAUAUCUCUGCCUACAUGAAUGGAGAUGUUAUUAUCAAAUUGUCUCUAAUCAUGGUAAUGAUGCUGGCUUUAAAAUUGAUAUGCACAAAGCCAUUAUAAUCAGUCAAUAUGGAAAAAUAAGCUUAUAUCCUGAAAUAUCUCAAGGAUUCAAACAAAAGGCUAGCAAUGUAAAUGAAACUGUGCAAUAGGUAACAAAUUGAUGAAAUAAAGACUUUAAUAAGA